CUCGUUUCCCACCCACGAUCCUUCUUCAUGGACGGAUGCAACCACCGAUCGAAGCGCCGUCGUUUGGAUCCAUCUCCGGUGCGGCCAAAUGGUUUCAUCCAGUCGCCGACCGAGUCCUCGUCCGACGAGUUGGCUGCGGGCUCCGAACACGAGGCCGAGCGCCGUCGCGCCAGUUGGUCUAUCCAGAAAGCCGUGCCUCCCAAGCGUCCCUACCGGCGGUCGCGCAGCUACAGCGGCUCCGAAAGCCCGGACGAACUGACCAUGGAUGCCGAAGACUACUGGCGCUCGCGUGGUCGCGGUCGCAAGUCUCCCUCGGAGGUAAGUGCGGAGCCGUCGUCGGAGCAAUACCACGACGAGGACGAGGACGCGGAGGAAGAAGGGGAAGAGCCGGCGGAAGCGGAGGACGAGGACGCCGGAGCAGAAGGGGAUGCAGAGGACGUGGAAAUCGAGGACGUGGAGGAAAUCCCGGCCGAUGUCGAAGAGCCUGAUGCCGCUGCGGACGCCGAUGCCGCGCCCGAGCAGCCAUAUUCAGAUCGAUCUCCCACGCCAGUCCCUCCACCUCCGCCGCCGCCGCCGCCCAAGCCGGACAAGUUGAAUUACCAGCAGAAGUUCUUGCUCCGGGGCCACCUCCGGGGGGUCGCAGCAGUGAGAUUUUCUCCGGAUGCUUCUAUGAUUGCCAGCGGGGGUGCCGACGGAGCGGUCAAGGUCUGGGAUACACAGAGCGGCCGACUAAUCCACACGUUCGAAGGCCAUCUUGCGGGAAUUUCGACGAUCUCGUGGGGUCCUGACGGCGCGACCAUCGCAUCGGGGUCGGACGAUAAGACCAUUCGCCUGUGGAAUGUGUUAACGGGCAAAGCGCAUCCGAUCCCCUUCGUCGGCCAUCACAACUACGUAUACCAAAUCGCGUUCUCCCCCAAGGGCAACAUGCUGGUCAGCGGCUCCUACGACGAGGCGGUAUUUCUCUGGGACGUACGGUCGGCCAGCGUGAUGCGCUCGCUGCCGGCGCACUCGGACCCGGUGGGCGGCAUCGACGUGGUGUGGGACGGGACGCUGGUGGCCUCGUGCGCCACGGACGGGCUGAUUCGCAUCUGGGACACGGCGACGGGUCAGUGUCUGCGGACGCUGGUGCACGAGGACAACCCGCCGGUGACGUCGGUCAAGUUCUCGCCCAACGGCAAGUACGUGCUGGCGUGGACGCUGGACGACUGCGUGCGGCUGUGGAACUACGUGGACGGACGAUGCAUCAAGACCUACCAGGGGCACCACAAUCGGAAAUACAGUCUGUCGGGGGGCUUCGGGGUGUACGGGGCGCCGGGCGCACCGCCCGAGGCGUUCGCGGUCAGCGGCAGCGAAGACGGCGCGGUACUCUGCUGGGACGUCGUCAACAAGAAGAUCCUGCAGCGCAUCGAGGGACACGCCGGAGUGGUGCUGGGCGUGGAUACGGCAUCGCUCGGAGAGCACCGAUUGAUGGUCAGCUGCGGCAUCGAUGGCCUGGUGCGGGUGUAUGAAGAGCGCGAAGAGAACGAAGACAAAGAAGUCCACGGCCAGGACGGGGACCAGGACCAGGACCAGGGCCAAAACAAAGAAGAAAACGGCGACGACGCACCGACAGCGCCAGAAGAGCCCCAGACCAACCCGCCGCCUGACGCGCAACCCAACGGCGUCACUCCGACCGGCCCUUCGGACGCAGAACCCCAGGAUACAGAGAUGGGCGAGUCCGACACACCUGGUACUGGCGGGUGAACUUGUCGGCGCAGUCCUUCUUUCUUUUCACCUUGAUCAUCUUGCAUUGGACCUUGCAUUGAGCAAACUCCCCUGGGUAUUCUAUAGCUCACGGGGAUUGUGAGCACCGGCGUUGGAGGGCAAAACAUCGACCUAAUCAUUUUACACUAUUACUAUUACCAUCAUGUACGAGUACGAAUCUCAAACGGAGGCAUAGAGGCGUUCUGAUUCC